AGCAGCAAGCAAAAAAGCGGGAAACAGUCACCACACCCCCCUUUGGAUCACACUUUCUCUCUCUCUCUCUCUCUCUCUCUCUCUCUCGCCUUUCUUUACUUUUUUCCGUUUUACUGCUUUUUCCUAUUGGGAACGAGAUUUCUCUUUCCACCUGUACAGGUCGUCCAAAUAUACCAAAAGAAACACACACACAGAGAGAGAGAGAGAAAAAGAGAGAAAGAGAAAAGGAAAGCAAUGUCUUCCCCUUCUUACACUACCCUGUUUGACUUUGCACCACGCCACACAAACUUUCGUACUCGCCCCCAUGCCUCGGCCAUUCUUGCAUUUCAACAACACCACCGUGCUGCUGCCGCUGCUGCCGGCCUGUCCUCGCGCUCUGGCCACAUUCCACGCAAACGCAGAACCAUCAAGGACGAACUCACCGCCUUUGCCGAACGGCAUUCCCAUGGCCCUCCUCAAUACCCAGCUUACCUCAAGAGCAGUGUCUAUGCAUGUAUGGUGCAGGAACAAUAUACCCUCUAUUGUACAAAACAAUUGUCCACCCCGGCCACUGCUACUAGUAGUAGUAGUAGUAGUAGUGAUAAGCAGAUUCCUCCCGAUUCAUUAACCGCCGCACUGAUAUCCCAUGACUUACGACUCCCUACGGCUUGGAAUCCGGACGACAAGGGCGAGUUUGUGGACAUUAGCGAAGAUUGUUUGGAACUCACUUAUAAAGGCGCCGGGAAAGAAGACGCAGAUAUCUCGGCCGUGCGAGCCAAUUACCCGUUCCGUCCACAAUGCGGCAUCUUUUAUUACGAAGUAGAGAUCAUAUCCAAGGGGUUGGACGGACACAUUGGCAUUGGCUUUUGCUGGGCAUCCAACAGUCUAGACCGACUGCCUGGAUGGGAAGAGCAUUCGUGGGGCUACCAUGGCGACGAUGGCCAUCUGUUCUCUGGUCCGGGCACAAGCAAGGCCUAUGGCCCCAAGUUUGGCACCGGCGAUGUGAUCGGAUGCGGCUUUGAUUUCCGUACCAUGUCUGCUUUUUAUACCAAGAAUGGCGUCUAUCUCGGCACCGCCUUUCGGAAUGUCACCGGUCGAUCCAUCUUUCCGUUCGUUGGUUUCAAGACCCCGGGCGAACGGUUGCGUGCUAAUUUCGGCCAACAGGACUUUACCUUUGAUAUUGCUCAGUAUUACAAGGAUGAGCGGAGGUAUACUUUGAAUAAGGUGUUGGAGAAACAGCAAUCACUGUUGCAUCAUCAUCACAAUCGCCAACAACAACUUUUAAAACGAAAAAAACGACAAGAGUCUCAUGGUGAAAAACAGAUGCAUGAUCAGGUCGUGUUGGAUUAUUUGUUACACCACGGAUAUACACAAUCAGCUACGGUUCUGCGACACUUGAUUGCACCGUCAACAACACUAUCGGGUAUAUCCAGUGCUGAUUCUGUGUCUCAAGAACAACAUCACCAACGAAGGCAAUGUGAGCAAGAUGAGGAGAGUGAGGCGAAAUCAAGACGAGACAUACGAAUGGCGAUCAUGCGGGAAGAUGUACAAGUAGCCAUCAGCUUGUGUCAUGAAAAACACCCAGGUGUUCUAGAUAAGAAUCCAGAUCUAUUGUUUCGAUUACGGUGUCGUCAAUUUAUCGACAUGGUACGCAAGGCACAUCAACAAAACGCAACAGAGGAGGAUCCAAUGGAGGUGGACGACAUCAAUAACAAUCCAGCAGUGAGGCAACAUGCGGGUACCAAGCGACGACGACGCGAUAGCAGUAGUAGUAGCAGCAAUCAUCAUCAUGUCGUAUCGGAUCACAUUCAACAGCAGCAACUACUACAACAGAAAGAGAUGGAUGAUGAUGAUGAUCGUGGAUCAGCCUAUCAAGACGACGACGAUGAGGAUGCAUCAUUUGAAGACAAUGCAUUCCAAGAAAUCAUGAACUAUGGGCAAAAGUUACAACGAGAAUAUGGUGUCAUGGCUGAACAGCGACCGGAUAUAAAAUCAGAGUUGAUGGUAGGAUGAAGGGAAUCAGAGGAUGAAGCGUUAAAAAAAAGAGUAAAGUGGGGUGGGGGGGAGUGGGCGACUCAUGAAGACAUUAUUCAUUAUCG